GAGUCACACUGUUGUCGUCAUCACAUCUAUUUUUCCAGGGGAAGUACAUAUGAGCAGGUUGCACAUAUUGACAGAUGAGAAUACUUGAAGCAGAGUCCUUGUGAGACAAACUGAUUGAUUUUUGCGGGUGGAUAUCAGUUUGUUAACGAACGGUCCGCUGGAGAAACAAAAGGUAAGUUAAUAAGCGACAUAUUUGAUUGUGUUAUUCAUAUAAAAACAAAAAGGGAUCCAGUGGUCUAAAAAGAAUAUGGGUGCAAUAAGACUGUAAGGCAAGGCAAUUUUAUUCAUAAUGCCUCUCCAGUGUGCAUAAAUUGUGUCUUUCGUGCAAACUUCUUUGUGGAAUUAUUUUACGCAAACGUGUGGUGUAAUUUAUUAUUAUUAUUAUUUUUAAUGUCCCACUUGUCUGGUGUACAUGGUCACAAUAACUAAUCGAGAUGGCAUUUUCAAGGCUGCUUGUUAUUUACCACGCGAACAUGUACCACGAGGGUGUGUCUGUUGGCACUAAUCGCUGGUUACGCAGAUAUUGCAAAAACGGGGUAAAAACCGUGAUUAAUCCACUUGUCAUUACCAAGUAAAAAUAACUCGUUUGUUAUGACGCUGCUGUUUAGCUGUUUCAGUGAAAAGGAAAAUCACCAGGCGGAUGAUGGCUCGGGUUUUCUUAAUCAGCAGAUGAUCCACAGGUUGAGAGACGCAAAAGUGGAUCGAUGCGAAGACGUCACGCAUCGGAUAUUGAGGCAUAUUGUGCAAGUUGCCAUGGAAACUAUUUUGCUCAUCGUCUCUUCACUCCUUGUAUAUAUGACUGCUGCAACAAACACUGAUACAGAGGGGGCUACCAAUACAUCUGAAAACCCAUUUAUUUAUGACUAUGAGACCUUGAGGAUUGGGGGAUUGGCAUUUGCAGUGGUGCUGUUUACACUUGGCAUUCUUCUAAUCCUCAGUCGGCGAUGCCGCUGUGGUAUUAACCAGAAGCCUAGGGCCCCCGGAGAUGAGGAGGCACAGGAGGAGAAUCGGAUUGUCUCCAAGGCUGCAGCAGCUGCCAAGGAGACUCCACCAGAGAACUGAGGCAACUCUAAAGAACUACCUUCUGAAAUGAAGAUUUUAUUUGAUACUUAUCCACAAUAAUAGUGAAGGUGUGGGUAAUAACCGGUCAUGCGAUAGGGUAAGAGGGGAGGUAUAUGUUUAGAGGUGUAAUGCUGAUAUGUACAUAAUUCUUGUGUCUGCUGUUCUUCGUCGUGAUCAUGCCAGUCCCUCCCUCGCUGCCUGUGCUCUUGUCCAUUUCUGUGCCUUUCUGUGACCGUGUCUCCACUUUAUUGUCGUAGUCAGUAGCACCUUUAAUGCAAGACUGUCUUUAAAACAAAAGAAGACUUUCGAAUCUUGUGUGACCUGCUGUUUCUAAUUGUUUUGUUAAUUGUCCAGCAUCAUAUUUUGCCACACUUAGAAUAUAACACAUACAUAUAUAUAUAUAGUAUAUAUAUGUAUCAAUACGAUAUGUGUAUAAAUAGUACUGAUAGUUCACAGAAAUAUGAAUUUCUUCAUUUAUGUUUAAGUGUGAAUGGCUGGGUGUGUUUGUGUGGCCAUAUGAGUGUAGUUAUGUGUGCAUGUAUAUCCUGUAUGUGUAUGAUUGUGUGUACAUCACAAGUGCAUGUGCAUCUCUACAUGCAAAUGUGAUGAGCCUUAUAUAAGACAAUCUCAACUGCCACAGCUCUCUUGAGUGAGCACAGUAGUUUGCAGGUACCUGCACAGGGCCCCUCCACCGCAGUGUUUAACAGUUCAUAGUGGAGGGAGCUUCUGCAUCAGCUAUCUCACUGCCACCUUCUCCACAUAUCCACUCCACUGCUCUGUCACUGGCUCCGUCAGGAUUAGCUAGUCUCCAGCAGGCUAUAAUUAGUUUUCCCAUACACAUUCACUGGUGCCACAAAUCUGUCGAGCCAGGGUAUCUUUCUUUUCUCUUUGUUAUUUGUUUAGUCAGUCUCAUGAUGUUUUAAAUAACCAGACAUGUAUUACACUGCCGGAAGAGAGAUUAAGUUUGUCUGUGGAGUUUGAGAGUCGUGAUAUUGAUAUUAUUUGUUUGCCAGACUACAUUAAUAGUAGCCUAAUGUAAGCCAAAUUAUAGAGAGAGUAUAGAUGAUUAGUCCUUGUUGUCAACCUGCUGCCAGGUCAGGUUUUAACCAGUAUUAAGUCUGAAAUUAAACAUGACAGCUAUACAAGUAAAUAUGUUCAUUCUUCACACAAGAGCCUUGUUGUGUGGCAACCUGUUGUGCUUUUGGCAUAAAUAAAAGUGGCUGAACACAAAACAUGUGUUUUUAUGUUUAUUUAAUUUCUUUUUUUGUUUUCAUUUAGCUGGAAACCUGAUUUUGUUGUACAAUCUGGAUUCUUAUUGUUUUCUUUUCUACUUUCUUUAAACAUUAAUUUACAUGCAAACGUCAAACAGCAUUUGAAAUCACUCUGCUGUUUUCCAAUCAAUGUCAGUCAAGGUUAUAAUGCUGUCACUUGGGGCUAUGAAACCAUGUGUCAGGGAAAGAUUUCUCCACCUGAAGAGUCUAUAACAUGCCGCAUUUUCUGUUACGAUUCCAAAGGUUGAAGCAGCUUUUGUUUAUUGGCACCAGCUUGCAAAUUUUAUGAGACUAUAAAUAUGUAACUGAGCGGCUGAACUGAAAUAUGCCUGAGUGUGGAGGGGUGGUUUAGUGGGUGGGGAUUUCUACUGUGGGAGUCUAGCCUGGAAAUGCAGACAGGGCCACCCGCAGACACACCUGGGCAGUGGUGAUACAGAGCCUUCUGCA